AAAACUGAAAUCUGUCGCCGUCCAUCUACAUCGCUCCCUGCUCGCAGAGCUUGAGGCACGGCAGUGCGCGGAGGAAGCGUGCGAGACCUGCGAUUCGCGGCUGAUUCAAGGAAGCUUCGUCCUGUUCUUCGCAUUGCGUUCCAGGUCGGACCUCAUCGCCCUCCGAAACCUUCCGGGAGGAUUUCGGGGGUGAAUAGUUGUGGAAUCUCUUCUCUCUGCACUGCUUGAGAUUGGCGCUGCAACGGAGAUGAGCUGAGAAUCUCCGGCCAUCGACGCCUGCUUGGCUUUCUGGGGAAGAAGAAACGAUGGAGGAUUAUCACUCCGGUCACCAGCCCGUGGUUACUGCAAGCCGGAGUAAAUUGGGUCGUACUUUUGCCAAGGUUAUGCACAUUCGAGCCAUGCCUGGUGAUGCUAAUGGAAAUCAACGAUCCAAGAAGUUCCACGAAAAAGUGAAAACUGAUGUAGUUAAGAAAGAUUUCCUGAAGCAGCUGCAGUUUAACACUUGGGAUGAUGAAGAUGAAACACUAAGGGAGAAAGUGACAAUAGAAGCCUUUACUGCCAAACUGUUUGCUUGUAUCUCGGCUAUAAAAGCAGCGUACGCCCAGUUGCAAUAUGCCCAGUCUCCUUAUGACCCUGAUGCGAUUCAUGCAGCAGACCAGAUGGUGGUGUCUGAGUUGAAGUGUUUGUCUGAACUGAAACAAUGCUACUUGAAGAAACAGAUUGAGGAUCCUUCACCUGAUAGGACACUGGUUUUGUCUGAAAUCAAGGAGCAGAAUUGCAUCCUCAAAAUUUACGAAAUCAAAGGAAAGAAGCUGGAGUCUCAGGUAAGACUCAAGGAUUCGGAGAUCACGUUCUUGAGGGAGAAACUGGAAGAAGCGAAAAAGGAAAACAAAAUGAUGGAGAAGAGAUUGAACUCAAGCGGGCAAUUAUCCGUUCCCGACAUUCUUAACUUCUCGGGAUUGAACCCCAGCCAUUUAAUCGCGGCGCUUCGCCAGGCAAUGAAAUCAAUUCGGAGCUUUGUGAGGGUCCUUGUCAAGGAGAUGGAAUUCGCAGGGUGGGAUUUAGAUGUGGCAGCCAAUGCGAUCGUGCCCGGUUUAACUUUCUGGCAAGCAAACCACAAAUGCUACGCAUUCGAAUCCUUUGUCUGCAGAGAGAUGUUUGAUGGUUUCAAUCACCCCAACUUCUCCAUUCAACCCCAAGCCCACCAGGUGGAAACCAGAACCAGACACAAACUAUGGUUCUUUGACGGAUUCGAGGAGUUGAAGCCCGUGAAGGCAACCGAUUACCUAGUGUGGAAACCAGACUCAGAAUUCGCAAAGUUCUGCCGCAACAAGUACUUGCGGCUCGUCCACACAAGAAUGGAACAGUCCCUGUUUGGCAAUUUGGACCAGAGGAACUCGGUGAAAUCGGGCGAGUGCCCGGAGACUUGUUUCUUCUCCACAUUUGCCGAAAUGGCAAAGCGCGUUUGGCUCCUGCACUGCCUGGCCUUCUCUUUUGAUCCAGAGGCUUCCAUCUUUCAAGCGAGCCGGGGAAGCCGGUUUUCGGAAGUGUACAUGGAGAGCGUGAGCGACGAGGCAUUCCUGUUUUCAUCGGACCGGACGCCCGAAACCGAACCCCGGGUGGCUUUCACCGUGGUUCCUGGGUUCAUGGUAGGUAAAAGUGUUGUUCAAUCUCAAGUGUACCUUCGUUGAUCCACCAAUAAUAAUAAUAAUAAUAA